AAGUAUAAAAAAGGAAGAGGGAGAAAGAGAGAAGGGGGAAGGGAGAGAGGGGAAGGGAAAGGGAAGAAAAAAAGAGGUGAGAAAAGGCAAAAAAGAAAAAAUGAAAAAGAUUUAUAAGGUGAUCAGAAAAUCAAAAGUAUCAAAGGAGGAAGAGGAAAAAGAGGAUGAAGAUAUUGAAGAGGGAAUUUUUAACAAUAGAAAGGGGAGAGAAAUGAGUGAAAAAAAAAAACAUCACAAAUAUAUCAGUGGAAAAAAAAAGGAACACAUAAACAAAUGGCACAUCCAAGUGAGGGAGAGAGAGAGAAAAAAAAAGCAAAGAACAGAGAGAAUUAUCCAAUAAAAUUUGAAGAGCUGAAAAAAAUCUAAACUUUUUUUUUUUUAUUUUUUUAGAAA